UCCUAUUUCCUUUUCCUAGUAUUUAUACACUUUCUAUAUUUAUGUUUUUCCUUUUAUCUCUUUGUAACUCUCAUAUAUAAGGGUACCUUAUGAUUGAGUAAUAAUACACACAACUUACAUAUUCCUAAACCUUAAGUUCUUAACAUAUGGAUACUAAUUAAUAUAACAAAUACUAUAAUCCAUUGACUAUAAUCAUACCAAGCAGGACAUGUGGCAUGUGGGUGGACGGAGACUACGUAACAAUAAGUAGUAUAUAAGUACAUACUUGUGAAACCAGAGAGAACACUAUUAUCCUCUUUUGAAGAUCUUUGAGUACUAACCCAUGGCAAUCUCUCACGUUCAUCCUAUGUUUCUUCUGGUCCUAUCACUAUUCUUCUUACCUAUUUUGCUGGCCCAGACCGCCUUCAUUACCAACUGCAGCCCAGUGUUUGGCGGAAUCAGAGCUACUGGAUUGGAGACAUUCGUGGAGCAGGGGAGAAAAAGCUUUAACUUAACCUGCUCUACAGAUACAGUACUCACCAAAGGAGUCAUUAUUGCGGUAGUUAAACGAGGCUACACAUUAGGACCAAUCUUAAAUGUACAACGAUACAAUCUCUGUGAUUUGAUCACAUGUCCUGUUGCACCUGGCUCUUUUGUGAUUACUUUUCGCAAACUAUAUCCUGUUGGCAUAAAAGCCCUGAUAAGAUCGUUAAUGGAGUGCCGGUGCCGGCCGAUGGAAGUCUCUGUGUAGACAUCGAUGAUUAUUAUUUUCCUUGAUCAGAAGGAUAUAAUGUGUCCAAUCUUCCCUUGCAUAAUUUCAAAUGCGUAUGUGAUUUUUUCCAAGUCAAGUUCUUUUAUGAGAAAAUGUAUUCUCAGCAUUUUCUAUUUCGUUUUCCCUUUUUGGAGUGAUGUAUUGUUUGUUAUCCAAGAAAUAAAAGGUGGUUUACACUUUACACA